AGCAGCUAGUCCUAAAUUCUCCUUUUAAAAACCUCGUCUUUACACAAAACACGCCCUCUCUCUUCUCUUAUUGUUUGGUUUCCGGUUUUGCCUUCAAUAAACUUCAAAAAUUGCCAAUUCCAGUAAAGCAGAGGAUUUCUGAAUCCUAGAUUAUUCGACCCAUCGUCGACGGUGUUGGUGGUGGUAGGCAGCGAUGGCGGCGAUGGUGAGCUCGGCGGGAAGCCUCUUGGCGAUGCUGAACGAGACCCAUCCCGUGUUGAAGCUUCACGCUCUCUCCAAUCUCAAUGCCUUCGUUGACUACUUCUGGCCCGAGAUCUCCACGAGCGUACCAAUCAUAGAGAGCUUAUAUGAAGAUGAAGAAUUUGACCAAAGACAACUGGCUGCUUUGCUUGUCUCAAAGGUUUUCUAUUAUUUGGGUGAACUUAAUGACUCAUUGUCAUAUGCACUCGGAGCUGGUCCUCUAUUUGAUGUUUCAGAGGACUCAGAUUAUGUUCAUACACUUCUUGGCAACGCUAUAGAUGAAUAUGCAAGCCUUAAGUGUAAGGCAGCAGAGUCAACUGAUGAAGCAGCAAAGGUUGAUCCUAGGUUGGAGGCCAUUGUUGAAAGACUGUUGGAUAAGUGUAUAAUGGAUGGAAGAUAUCAACAGGCUAUAGGAAUAGCACUUGAAUGCCGAAGGUUGGACAAGCUUGAGGAAGCAAUUACAAGGAGUGAUAAUGUUCAUGCAAAUCUAUCAUAUUGCAUUAACAUCUCUCAUUCAUACGUAAAUCGUAGAGAAUAUCGACGUGAGGUGCUCCGUCUUCUUGUUAAAGUAUAUCAAGAGUUUCAGUCUCCUGAUUAUUUAAGCAUUUGUCAGUGCCUUAUGUUCUUGGAUGAACCUGAAGGUGUUGUGAGCAUUUUGGAAAAGCUUCUGAGGUCAAAAAAUAAGGAAGACGCUCUACUGGCGUUUCAAAUAUCUUUUGAUCUUGUAGAGAAUGAGCACCAAGCCUUUUUAUUGAGUGUGAGAGAUCGGCUUUCUAGUCCCAAGUCUCAACAUUCAGAAACGGUGCAGUCAGAAUCUGCUGCACCAGAUACUGAUCAAAAUACAAAUGCAACUGAAUCAGAGGAUGUCCAAAUGACAGAUGGAACUCAAGCUUUAAGCACGAAUGUGGUUGAAGUGGAUCCAGAUGAAGUAACCUAUGUGGAGAGGUUGACGAAGCUAAAAGGAAUUUUGUCUGGAGAGACUUCAAUUCAGUUAACUCUACAAUUCUUAUAUAGUCAUAACAAAUCGGAUCUUCUUAUACUUAAGACAAUAAAGCAGUCUGUUGAGAUGAGAAAUAGUGUUUGCCAUAGUGCAACAAUUUAUGCUAAUGCUAUUAUGCAUGCUGGAACAACAGUGGAUACAUUUCUCAGGGAGAAUCUGGACUGGCUGAGUAGGGCCACAAAUUGGGCAAAAUUUAGUGCGACAGCGGGGUUAGGUGUUAUACAUAGAGGGCAUCUGCAGCAGGGAAGAUCUUUGAUGGCCCCUUACUUGCCACAGAGUGGUGCUGGUGGUGGUGGCAGUCCAUACUCAGAAGGUGGUGCUCUCUAUGCUCUGGGUCUGAUACAUGCAAACCACGGCGAGGGCAUAAAACAGUUUCUUCGUGAUAGCCUACGUAAUACCAAUGUUGAGGUUAUUCAGCAUGGUGCAUGUUUAGGUCUUGGUUUAGCAGCUCUGGGAACUGCUGAUGAAGACAUUUAUGAUGACAUAAAGAAUGUGCUUUAUACUGACAGCGCUGUUGCUGGUGAAGCUGCUGGUAUCAGUUUGGGCUUGCUGAUGGUUGGAACUGCAAGUGAGAAAGCAAGUGAAAUGCUUGUGUAUGCACACGAGACGCAGCAUGAGAAGAUUAUUAGAGGUUUGGCAUUGGGGAUAGCACUCACAGUCUACGGAAGGGAAGAAGAAGCAGACACACUAAUCGAGCAGAUGACUCGGGAUCAAGACCCCAUAUUACGUUACGGUGGAAUGUAUGCGUUGGCAUUGGCAUACAGUGGAACAGCAAACAACAAGGCCAUUCGCCAGCUGCUGCACUUUGCUGUAUCAGAUGUGAGUGACGAUGUCAGGCGAACUGCUGUUCUAGCCCUUGGGUUCGUCCUGUAUUCUGAACCGUCACAGACCCCUCGGAUUGUUUCCCUUCUAUCUGAAUCUUACAAUCCCCAUGUUCGAUAUGGUGCGGCUAUGGCAGUAGGCAUUUCCUGUGCGGGUACUGGUCUGAGCGAAGCCAUAUCUUUGUUAGAGCCUCUGACAUCAGAUGUAGUUGAUUUUGUUCGUCAAGGUGCUCUCAUUGCAAUGGCUAUGGUCAUGGUCCAAAUCAGUGAAGCUAGUGAUUCUCGUGUUGGAGCAUUUAGGAGACAGUUGGAAAAAAUAAUCUUGGAUAAGCAUGAAGACACCAUGAGCAAGAUGGGAGCAAUUUUGGCUUCUGGAAUCCUUGAUGCUGGUGGAAGGAAUGUGACCAUUAAACUGCUUUCUAAGACAAAACAUGAUAAGAUCACUGCAAUUGUUGGUCUUGCUGUUUUCAGCCAGUUUUGGUAUUGGUAUCCCCUUAUCUAUUUCAUUAGCUUGUCGUUCUCGCCAACAGCUUUUAUUGGACUGAACUAUGAUUUGAAAGUUCCGAAAUUUGAAUUCUUGUCACAUGCAAAGCCAUCACUGUUUGAAUACCCUCGGCCAACUACUGUACCCACCAGUGCAUCGACUGUGAAACUUCCCACUGCAGUUUUAUCAACUUAUGCAAGGGCCAAAGCUAGGGCUAGUAAGAAAGAGGCAGCAGAUCAGAAGGCUAAUACCGAAAAGGCAUCCAAGACGGAGUCUUCUUCUGUAGUCUCAAAUGAGGAGAAAGGGAAAUCGUCGGCUGACAAGGAUGGGGACUCUAUGCAGGUUGAUAAUCCAGUGGAGAAGAGGACAGAGAUAGAGCCAUCUUUUGAAAUUUUGACCAACCCAGCGAGGGUGGUCCCUGCUCAGGAGAAAUUCAUUAAAUUUCUGGAAGAAAGCAGAUAUGUGCCAGUGAAGUCAGCAUCUUCGGGAUUUGUGCUCUUGAAAGAUCUACGGCCAACUGAACCUGAGGUGCUGUCUCUCACUGAUUCACCCUCAUCAACAGCAUCCAAUGUCGGUGGCUCAGCAACUGGACAACAGGGCUCAGCUGCGGCUAUGGCUGUCGAUGAGGAACCUCAGCCUCCCCCGCCAUUUGAAUACGCAACAUGAUUCUGGUUAUAUUCAAAUACUGCGUUGCAAUCUUUGAUGGUAUUUACCUGGGAAAAAUGAGGUGCUUUAUUUUUAGAGAAGAAAAGAUUGGUCCGAGCAAAUCACUCUAUGGUUAUCCUCUGUGGUAAUGGCGUGCCUCAGGUAAUUUAUACGGGCAUUUAUGAUGUCGCUAUUUUCUUCUUGAUUGUUAUCAGUCUGUCGUAUUUGUAUUGCCCCAGACGUUAUACGUUUUGAAGUGGGGAGGAUAGUGCCUGUAAUGAGUUUCUGUCAUCGAAUUCCGGCGACUUGAUAGGACAAACAUGCUUUGUAACAGCUUCCAAUUUAAAUUUAAGAAAGGAAAUGAACUUGUCUAGUUUUCAUCUGAAA